CAUCCGCAAUCGACAACUCACUAACCUGCAGGUACGCCCGCUCUCAUCUGACCUCGAAGCGGAACCAUCUUGUCGCCUGCUUCGGCACCACACAAAUCGACACUCGAAGCUUUACCGCGACACAAACCGGACCGCCUACCGUCUGAAAGCCUCUGUGCGUUGCCGUUGCUAUGGAGAACUACCAGAAGCUGGAGAAGGUGGGAGAGGGAACUUAUGGAGUUGUCUACAAGGCCCGCGACCUCACGACCAAAGACCAGCGUAUCGUCGCGCUCAAGAAGAUCCGCCUCGAAGCAGAAGAUGAGGGCGUCCCCUCGACCGCCAUCCGCGAGAUCUCGCUGCUCAAGGAGAUGAACGACCCCAACAUCGUCCGCCUGCUGAACAUCGUGCACGCCGACGGCCAUAAGCUCUACCUCGUCUUUGAGUUUCUCGACCUGGACCUGAAGAAGUACAUGGAGGCGCUGCCGGUCAGCGAGGGUGGACGCGGCAAGGCGCUGCCGGAGGGCUCUGGACUAGCUGGCCAGAAGCUGGGCAUGGACUCGAACAUGGUCAAGAAGUUCAUGAUGCAGCUCUGCCAGGGUGUGCGCUACUGCCACGCCCACCGCGUUCUGCACCGCGAUCUGAAGCCCCAGAACUUGUUGAUCGACAAGGAUUGCAAUCUCAAGCUUGCUGAUUUCGGUCUUGCCCGCGCUUUCGGUGUGCCGCUAAGGACAUAUACCCACGAGGUCGUGACACUUUGGUACCGUUCACCAGAGAUUUUGCUUGGUGGGCGACAGUACUCGACUGGCGUCGACAUGUGGUCUGUUGGCUGCAUCUUCGCGGAGAUGUGCACACGCAAACCUUUGUUCCCCGGUGACUCUGAGAUUGACGAGAUCUUCAAGAUCUUCCGCAUUCUUGGUACACCCAGCGAGCAGGACUGGCCCGGCGUCACAUCGUUCCCCGACUUCAAGCCCUCAUUCCCCAAGUGGAACCGCACAGAUAUCGCAGCCAUCGUAACCACCCUCGAUGACAUUGGCCUUGACCUUCUCGACGCGCUCCUUGUUUACGAUCCUGCUGGCCGUAUCUCAGCCAAGCAGACCGUCAUCCACCCCUACUUCACGGGGACGUCAAUUGGCUACAGCAACGGCUAUCACUAAGCUGACUGAUGUCCGGAAGAUGUUACGACUGUUACGGAAUUUGAUGGAAGCAUAUUUGGUGCUGACCAAAGCGGAAAUGCCCCGCGCACCAGUGUUUAGAUACGACGUGUCUUGAAUACGAAGGAUAAUGCUGCAGAGGAUACAGUGUUGGCGUUUGGGUUGCAUUUUACUAGACUGCAUCGAAGCUGCGGUUCACGAACAGGAUUAUAACGAAAAUAUUUUCAAAUAGUACACGGCGCAUUACCACGAAAACGGAGUGUUCGG